UUUAAUCCGACAUCAUAAGUGUCUUUUUGAUACACAAGUCAAAUUUUCACCCGGCAGGAAUGACUAAUGACGUUUGAAUUGACCCAAUUCAUCAUAAGUGCUUACCAACUUGCAGGUAGUUGGUUCAUUACACAUUGCAACUUAGUCUAACUUAUUUACGUCUAUCAUUUCAAAAGACCCUUCAAUUUUGUUCGCAUACACAUCUACAUCAUACGCAGGCUUAUUAGGUUCAACUUUGUUGUCAGAGUCAGAGACAGAGGCUUGUGUUGCGUGAGGGGCGGAUCGCGGAUCGAAACUCAGGUUAGGUCACCCGGAAAAAAUAUACUGAAGACAAGACGGAAUGACGUAAAUCACGGCUUAUAGAAAUUGUGUGUUUAUUUGGGUAUCAACCCUGGAUUUAAAGCAACGCGUUAUAUAUUUCAUUCCAUUUCCACAGCGAGGAAAGCGGUGCUUGCUGUUGCCUUAGUGAAAGGACAAGCCAUGGCAGCCUCAAAUAUGGCCCUGUUCAGCAUGGCAUUUUUGUGCAUAAUGUCCAUCGGUAGGUAAUCAAAUUCGACUAUGUUAUAUUCCCGUCUAAAUCACUUCGUGGUUAAAAGUAAUAACUUGGAAAAGGCUCGGAGAUCUUGAAUUAACUCAACACUCCACGCUUCAGUCCUCACAAGUGUUACUACGAUUUCACGGCUCAACGUAUGCAGGGACACCCAACGAGAAUAUAGUUCAAAACCACUUAAACACAGCCUUGUUGAACGUAUUUUAGUAUUUAAACGGUAGAUAUAGGCAUAUUUUUAUCCCCUAAAAAUUUUUCAUCUGUUCGGAUUUCCUAGCUGAAAGUCUAAUGAUCCGAAAAUUAUGAGCAUCAAAACUUACCUAUUCGAAAAUUUCAGCGAGAAAAAAAGGCUCCCGAAAAUUCUAGGUGACCUUUUCACGGUAAAAAUCCGUUAAAAAUAGGCAAUUAUACCAUUUUUGGAAGGUUCGAAAAUCCCAGGAGAGGCAUGCAAGCAAGAAAUUUAACAACAAAUGUUCCGAAAAUUCUAGAUCUCAAAUCGUCUUCCGAACAGAUAUUUUCAAACAAUUGUCGUUGGGUGCCCCUGCGUAUGUAACAAAACGACACGUUCGGUCAAAUUAGUGUAUCAUUUACGUUAGGUCAGCUUCAUUUGCCUCGCAAAUAAGUAAGUACAUAGCCAAAAAUCACUCCCGGAAGGCCUUAACGGUAAAAUUAAGCAAACAAAAAGUCGAAACAAAUGCUCGUUUUGAAAACUGAAACCACACUGAGUAGCAUGUCUCAGUAGAAGUAACUGUCAUGAACUGUAAGCCAUAAACUUACAGCCUAAACGUUUUUGUCGUCGGACGUAAAAAACCAAAAGCAGCCAAAAGUGAAAUUUUCAACAAUUAGUGAUUUCAACAGUGAUUAAUCGUUAGCCAUAGAAAACCUAAAGUAUUAAGCGUUGGCCGUGCCCAAUCCCACUGACACCCUCACUGAAGCUUGUGCUGCUUUCAGAAACUUCGAUCGUGUAAGGCGGCGAAAUCCAGUUACACCGACUAUUGCCAAUUUAUCAGAGGCCUACAGUUUUUUAAUCUUCUUGAGGGGUUGGUCAGUGGAUAGUAACAUACCACUGUAGCAUGUACCACACAAGUGAAUACUGACUGGUGCUUUUCGCGAGCGCUAAUUGGGCGGGCUAGCAAGGCGGAGAGGAACCAGGAGCGCAUAAUCUAACAAAACCUCCACAACGAGAUUAAUUGCGUGAAGUCGACCUCUUAUGCAAGGCAAACAUGGAAACCAGUUUCUAUCUUCAAAAAUAAAGGAGGUACAAAAUGUUUGCGCCAGCUUGAUUUUGUCGAGUUGGGUUGAAUGAUUAAAUUUAAGUCGGCCUGCUUUGGUGCGAUUUUUUCGGCUUAAUUAUUUUGACUUAAUUUGCCUGUUUACAGUUGCUGCCCUUGAGUGCCCAGAUUGUACAAAUCUUCCAGUACCUGGGCAAAAGAGUUGUGAUAGCAAACCGGUCCCGACUAUCACAUGUGGUCCUGAAUUUGAUCGAUGUAUGACGGCGGAGGGUAAAAUCAAAGAACAGGAGAUGACGUUUGUUUACAAGAACUGUUCCAACAGCUUUUUGUGUGACCCAGACGGCCCCUACUACAGUAAGUAACAGCAAUAAGAAGCAUUGAGCAAUUAAAUGCAAUUUAACAUCGAUUUAAAACAUGACGUUUCGAUAACUUUAAGAUUUGGGGGGUAGUUAGUGGUUUUAUAUAACUGAAAAGAAGUAAGUUGAAGCGGAAAAUGUAAAAUAAAAUAGCUUACUAGUAUAGAUCUAGAAUACUACGAAAAUAGAGGAAGGACUCAGUGAUACUUUUUAGAACAGUUGUAGGCAUGAAACGGUUUAUCUAAAGGGUAUGGUUAUCAAAUAUUUUGUUAUCAUAAUUCCACUCAACGACCUUGAUUGUUUGUAGCCAUUUGGGUCAAUCUUAUUGGAGCACUGAAAUGAAAGGGACUACUCAGGAUUUCCGCACACGUGGCAAAAGCUGAGUUCGUUUCUUUACAAGGCUUCGUUUGUUUGCGGCCCUGAGAGGGUACUCAAAAACGUUUUAUACGGAAGGCUCCACCCCGAGCUCCAGGCCCUCACCCUUUUAAUUUCCAUUUUUGGCAGAAGAGGGGACUACUCGUAGUCUAGUACUAACAAGUCAAUUCCUUUUGUUUCAUAGUGUGUAAGCUGCUGAACGAGACUGGCUUCCUGUCCUCAUGUUCAGUAACCUGUACUCAACCAAGCAAUAUCCAGAAAAUUCCGGAACUGGAGAAAUGGAACGUAGGAGUACGGGGCAUGAAACCCGAGCCAAGUGACCAUGAAAAUAAAAAAUUCAAGCGGCGGGCAAAGAAUCCAUUUCAUCCAUCGCGUGAAGAGUGAUAUUCCAGCCUUAGCGUUUUUUAAUUUUUUGUUUCCUUUGAAAACCAACGAUAUUUUGCAUGAGUGUAGAGCAUAACAAGUAAUCGUGUUAAAAGUUUGUAACACUUUUAGCAAACUGUUGUAGCUGAAAAGAGCUUUUAUUCUGUGUUAAAUAAAAUUUCAUUUUCCCUUAAGUUAUAAUGAUUGUCGACCUGCGAGCAAGCUUUCGGCUGUCACGGGGGAAGAAAGAGUG